CUCCUUUGAUCUUGUCACUGAUCAUGGGUCGCUCCCGCAGGACCGGCGCGCACCGAGCACAUUCCUUAGCCCGCCAGAUGAAGGCCAAGAAGCGGCGGCCAGACCUGGAUGAGAUUCACCGCGAGCUGCGGCCACAGGGGUUCCCGCGGCCCAAGCCGGAGCUGGACGCCGAGCCCGACCCGGACCUGCCAGGGGGCGGCCAGCAUCGCUGUUUAGCCUGCGCGAGGUACUUCAUUGAUUCCGCCAACCUGAAGACCCACUUCCGAUCCAAAGACCAUAAAAAGAGGCUGAAGCAGCUGAGCAUCGAACCCUACAGUCAGGAAGAAGCUGAAAGGGCAGCGGGCAUGGGCUCGUAUGUACCCCCCCAGCGCCUGGGUGUACCGACAGAAGUGUCCACUGAGAUCCCUGAGAUGGACACAUCCACCUGAGCUACCUGAGGAUGCAGGGCAGAGAAACUGCCCAUGGACAGUGGUUCAGUGGCUAGGCUGAAUGUGUACUUUGGGUUUUGGGGAGAUGAUCUCCCUGGGUGUUCUGCCCAAAAUAAAGGACCUGUACAAGAGGGCA